UUUAUAGUUGGAAAUAUUAUGUUUAUUGUAAUAUAAAAUUAUUAUUAAUUAAUUAUUAUGUUAAUGUGAUAUUUAUUAAUUAUUAAUUUUGAUUUAUAAUUAUAAUUUAUUAAUUAUUUACGUAUUAAUUUUUAUAAAAUAUUUUUAAUUCAACCUCGACCUCGGACUAUCAAAUUUAAAUUUGGUGAAACUCAACUCGAUUCGGCUCUAUUAGAACCUUACACGGAGGUGACUGCAGAUGGAGACGGAGAUGGUGGUGGUGGAGCAGAGACGUAAGUAAGACCAUAUGAGAACAAAAUAAAUAAAAACAAUUAUAAAAUUUAAUUAAAUCAAUUAAUUUUGUCGUUUAUUAUUCAGCUAUAAAAUAAAUGCCGUUGGAUAGGAGAAGAAGAUGCCUUUCCAUUGAUUCCAGUUCGCAGUUUACGUUCCGGCUAAACCUCUCUCUCUCCAAUUUCGGAAGAUUUUCAGCUAAGCAGAGCGGGGAAUAUAGAGAAAGAAGAAGAAGAGAAAUGAGUUCAUUGUCUACCAAUUCUCAUAAUCUUUCUUCUUUACUGAUCUCCAAUUCAAGGUUAAAUUCUUCGUCCUAUCCCCUGAUUUUCCUCAGAGCUUCAUUUCCUGGGAAAUCCUCAAGACGCCUCUCUUUUUCUGGAAAGGCUUCGCCGCCUCCAACCACCGCCUGUUCUUCUUAUGCCAAGGACUCUUCCGCUGGUUCGCCCCUUCCUGGAGACAGCAACCCGAGCAACUUCUGCAUUAUAGAAGGGCCAGAGACUGUUCAGGAUUUUGUUCAGAUGCAGAUGCAGGAAAUCCAAGAUAACAUAAGGAGCCGGCGAAAUAAGAUCUUUCUCCUCAUGGAAGAGGUUCGAAGGUUACGUAUACAACAACGCUUAAGGAGUAUUAAAGAUGUUGGAGACAGUAGCAGUGAGGAAUAUGAGAUGCCUGAUAUCCCAUCUUCAAUUCCAUUUCUUCCUCAUGUGACACCAAUGACAUUGAAGCAGCUCUAUCUGACAAGCUUUUCUUUCAUUACUGGAAUUAUUGUCUUCGGGGGCCUUCUUGCACCAAUACUGGAGCUGAAAUUGGGCUUAGGAGGCACGUCAUAUGAAGAUUUCAUACGGAGUCUCCAUUUACCUAUGCAGUUAAGUCAGGUCGACCCUAUUGUGGCAUCAUUUUCCGGUGGGGCAGUGGGUGUGAUUUCCACUUUGAUGCUACUUGAAGCGAACAAUGUUGAGCGACAAGAGAAGAAAAGGUGCAAAUAUUGCCAUGGAACUGGUUACUUGGCCUGCGUUCGAUGUUCUGCAAGUGGUGUCUGUUUGAAGAUUGAACCCAUUUCAGUAGUCAAUCCUUCUGAUCGCCCGCUACGUCCCCCCACCACUCAGCGGUGUUUAAAUUGCUCCGGCGCUGGAAAGGUAAUGUGCCCGACUUGCCUUUGCACAGGGAUGGUAAUGGCAAGCGAACACGACCCGAGAAUUGACCCAUUUGACUAGAGGAGGUUGAUUUUUUGUUUUUCUUUUUUCAGCUUGUAAUUUUGUAAGAUUGAUCUAUUUAACGUGAAGGGCACUAUCUAUUUUUAUAUAA